ACUUCAUCCAUUCUAGUCAACGCCUAUACAUGCUUCCCUGGAAACUAAACGUGUUGUCAAGCGUUACUAAGGAAAUUGAAAGUUUGCUUCGCGUUCGGAGCUAACAGUUAGCCAGCUAUGCUAAAAAGUAAAUAGGUAGCUAGCUAUAGUUAACUUAACUAACAAACCUGCAAUGGACGAAACUUGAUUUGGCUUUCUGCCAGCCAAAUGGAGUCCCCAUACUGACAUCUAACAGGUGUAGCCUGGAAUGAGGAUGACUGAGAAUGGGGAGGACAGUAACCCCCGUCAACCUGUUGGUGGAGGGUUACCUGGUGGAGCUCCUGAUGGGAAGGAUACAGGAGGAUUUGGUGGUGACAAGGCCAAAACCAACAAGCUUCUCGAAAACACCCUGAAAUUCCCUCAGGAUAUCGGAGACCAAAACAGCAAGACCAGUCCAUACCAGCCCAGACCGCCCCCGCUGCCUAAGCCCAGUGCACUGUCAGUGGUAGGAAAAGGUGGUUCAACGGAGGAGAAGGUGAGAAGCAGGAGACUGAAAAACAGCCAGGAGAGUCUGACCGACCCAGCUGAGACCAGUUCCUCCACAGAUUCCCUUAAGGAGGACUCGUCAGUUACAAGUGUGUUCACCUUGAGCAGUGCUUCUGCCUUGAGGAACGGACAGAGCUCCAUCCUUGUGCCCCUCUCAGCUCCUUCCAGGUCUCCUGUCUUCAGAGCCAGGGGACAGAGUCUCUCAGAGUACGAGAGGACAUCCCAGGUCCACCACCGUGACGAUGCAGAGCAGCGAGUGUGGUCUUCCAAGGUACGCCUGUCUCCCUUACAGCCCUCGGGUACGCUUCCUGCUCUGGAGCAGAGCUUGGAAUCUGUUUCCUUAAGAGCGACUAAUCGGAUUGACAGAGAUUGUCUGGAUUAUGGCAUUCUGCCGGGGAAAGCUGGGCCGGAGAGGCUGCACCUGCACAGGAACCUGAGCGAUAGCCGGCUUCUGGAGAGCAUGGUGUCGGACAACACCUCAGUCAACUCCAUGAAGUCCACCUUCAGCGUGUUGAAUCCCAUCAGACCCAGGGACGUCAGGAACCGGAGUUUUCUGGAGGGUAGUGUGCUGGGCAGUGGUGCUCUGCUGGGGGCUGAGGAGCUGGACCGCUACUUCCCAGAGAGGAGAGUUGGCAUCUACAUAGCCACAUGGAACAUGCAGGGGGAGAAGGGGCUUCCAAACAACCUAGACGAUCUGCUGCUCCCGACGGACUCGGAAUUUGCACAAGAUUUCUACAUCAUCGGAGUCCAGGAAGGAUGUCCAGACCGGAGGGAAUGGGAGGUUCGUCUUCAGGAGACUCUGGGACCGUACUAUGUCAUGCUGUAUGCUGCCUCCCAUGGAGUACUCUACCUCACUGUGUUCGUCAGGAGAGACCUCAUCUGGUUCUGCUCAGAAGUGGAGCAUGCCACGGUCACAACACGCAUCAUAUCUCAGAUCAAAACCAAAGGAGCAGUGGGGAUUGGCUUCACUUUCUUUGGCACUUCCUUCCUCUUCAUCACCUCCCACUUUACCUCGGGAGAUUCCAAAGUGUACGAGAGGAUUCUGGACUACAACAAGAUCAUUGAAGCAAUGGCUCUUCCUAAAGGGCUUCCAGACACCAAUCCUUAUCGCUCCAUGCCCUCGGAUGUCACAACGCGGUUUGAUGAGGUUUUCUGGUUUGGCGACUUUAACUUCCGUCUCAGUAAAGACCGUGUCGGGAUAGAUGCCCUUCUGAACCAGAACCAUGGUGUCGACAUGGGACUUCUGCUCCACCACGACCAACUCUCCAAGGAAAUGAAAGAUGGUUCCAUAUUUAAAGGUUUCCAGGAAGCACCAAUUCAGUUCCUCCCGACAUACAAAUUUGAUGUCGGCUGCGAUGUGUACGACACUACCUCUAAGCAGAGAACUCCAUCAUACACAGACAGAAUACUAUUCAGGAACAGGCAUGUGGAUGACAUCAAAGUGAUGAAGUACACUAGUUGUUCCACGAUAAAGACAUCGGACCACCGGCCUGUCAUUGGAAUGUUCCUGGUUAAACUGCGUCCCGGUAGAGACAAUAUUCCAUUGGGGGCAGGACAGUUUGACAGGAGUUUGUACCUGGAGGGGAUCCGGAGGAGGAUCACCAGAGAGCUGAAGAAGAGAGAAGCCAUGAAGAACCAGGCCAGUAGCACCAUCUGCUCCAUUUCCUGAAUGUGGACCAGACCCCACCGGUUCUCUCUCCAGAAUCCCUGGGAGCUGGUUAUGAGGAACCAAACAGUUAACCACUCUGGUUUCCAGUUCCAGCCUGUCUGUCAUGGAUGUCCCUUGCAGUGGUCUGUUAGUGCCCCCUACUGAGUUGUGGGAACUGUCAUUCAUAUGGUUGGGGGGGGGCUGUUUUCAAGGCCCAGAACCUUGAGUUUCAGAAAGACUUCAGUGUGCAGAUUCAGCUGUUAACUUGUUUGUGUAUACGUGUAAACACAGCCGUUCCACACAAGACUGAACUGUGAAACUUGCCGCAGAAGAUGACUUAUCAGUCACACUUCCCUUCAUGUGCACUGGCAGAAUUAUACUUUGUAUAUACUGUACUUAAUGUUCUUUGCUAAUUGUUUAAUUUUGUAUAUUUAACAAGCCAGGUUUAUAUGGACUCAUAUUUUUUUACCCAGUGUAAAAGUGUUCAAGGCCUUGUAAAACCAUUUAUCAAACAGCUCAUACAGGUUGAGAAACCAAACUAAAUUUCACUCCGAAACAUGUUUUUGGGGGGGUAUGGACAUGAGGGAUUUUACCAAAAUUUACCAGAUACCAAAAUAACAAUUGUAUAUGGUGGUUGCUUGAUAAAUUAAUUCCCUUAACUGUUAAUACAGUGUUCAAUACCAGAUGUAUGAAUACCACAUGUUUUACUUUACCAAGUGGGAAGUUUAGUAGUGUUGAGGGGGUUUGUUCGACGUACUGUAGUUAAUAACCUUAAUGUCAUCCAUCUUGACUAAAUCACAUACUGUCAUGUAAUGUUAGAGGGCAAGCUAAAUCAUUAUUGCAUGAAGAUCAAUGGGUCUGAUGCAAAUUGAGUUUUCAGUUGCUUUGGCAAGUGCCUGUGAUCUUGUCUGUGAUUUCCUCAGGACUUCAUCUUUGCAUUUCAACUCGUGCUUUAUGAUGUAACAUCACAACAUUUUGGGAAUAUUUUAUGAGCUUGUGAAACAUUUGCUUUUAUAAUAUGAAGUGGAUAUCGAAUAUCCCUCAGGGUGUAGGUCACUUUAUAAAUGCUCAUUAACAGUCUGAACAUAAGACGUUUUAUUGAUGGCACUAAUUUAGUGGAACAACCUCCAAUUGGGCCGACUAAAGAAACACAGGUUCUUAACACUUUAACAUAUGUUCACUUCCUCUCCAGAACUGAGAGACAUCAUGGUUUGAAAUAAAAUGUUCAUGGCA